CAUCUUCUCGCCCACUCAUCUGGUGUCUUGUCUCACCUUACCCAGGCCUCACUUACACUACUAGUCUCUCUCACUCUCACUGACGCUGUCACUCUCUUUCAAACGCCCGCCAUCUUACCUCAUUCCGACACCUUGUAUGUGUCUCCUUUGCCGCCGUCAACUCACACCAUUGAUUACUGUGAUAUAACCUCAUCAUCUUCCGGAUGUCUGUACCACUUGGCACCGCAGGUAUGGCAGAAGUCAGAGAAGCUGAGGCUCUGGCCACCCCCGAACUCUGGAAUCAGCGUUAUACCAAGUCGGAUGGCUCACAUCCGACCCACGAAUGGCUUCGCACAUUCGAAGCCCUCGAGCCGUUCUUUGAGAAGCAUCUUUUUUCCCAGCGUCGCCCUGACACCUCCCCGCGUAUCAUGCACCUCGGAUCUGGGGAUAGCACCAUCCCCGCCGACCUCUCGGCACGCGGUUAUAAGAACCAGCUCUGCCUGGACUUCUCCACUGUCGUCAUCGAUCUCAUGAGACAGCAACACGCCGAAUUAGGCGGCAUCGAGUGGAAAUGGGCCGACAUCCGCGACAUGCCUGACGCCGCGCCGACUGCCUCUGUCGACGUCGCUUUUGACAAGAGCACCCUCGACGCCAUGAUCCACGGGAGUCCGUGGUCGCCUCCAGACGACGUUCGUGAGAAUGCGGCCAAGUACCUCGGCGAGGUCCACCGCGCCCUCAAGGACGACGGGGUGUUUCUGUGCAUCACCUACAGACAGCCUCAUUUCAUGCGGCCGCUGCUGAAUGCCGACAAUCUUUGGGACAUGGACAUGGAUAUCCUUUCUGGCGGGGAGAGUGUGUUCGACUACUAUGGUUUCAUACUUAAGAGAAGAAAAAAUAGGAACGAGGCAUAGGUAGGUCUAGAGGAAAG